AUGUUUUAUGGUGAAAAAAUUGUGCAAGAGAUUUGCAGAAUUGCGAAUACAGUGCGAUUAUUACGGGAGAAUGGUCUCAAUUAUGUGUUGGUGUUACCGCCUUGGGGCGGUCUGCAUCACUGGAGGAGAAAUCACUUGAAAGUGCCGUGGUCACGUUUCUUUCACGUGCGCAGCAUCAACGAAUUCGUCCCUGUCAUUGAGUUUCAUCAUUUCUUGAAAGAAACCAAUAAUGAUGCAAUUGAUGAGGUGCUGUAUUUACAAGGCUAUGCCGAAGGCUGGACGAAUGGAAAAUAUGAACUAAAAUAUGAAGAACGAGACUGCAUCGUUGGUGAUCGCCAUUACAAAUUCAUUAAUGGGCUUUGGUAUUACCGGAGCUGGAUCAGUCUAGUAGAGCAUUUUUGGCGCAAUUCCAGGAAAGGAUGGUUUUUUGCGUAUGAUAACGUCUAUGCUCGUGCAUUCUCAUGCGUUUCGAUACAAGGGGAUUCGGAGACCUUAGCCACGCUUAUCGAGAAGGAUCAUCAUCGUGCCAGUUCGCUGAUGAUCGAUCGAGCAGAAACGGUGCUUCAUUCACAUUUUGGUGACUUUCAUUACUGGGAAGCGAGGCGCUCCAUGCGUUAUGCAAAACAUCUGCGUCUUGUUGCUGAUCAAUUUAGAGAGCGACACCUCGAUUCCAAUGACGUAAAAGACAGGACCGUGCUCCCCGACUCGUGGAAAGCAACCAGAAAGGAACAUGCAGAGGCGAGAGGCGGCGAUUACAUUUGUGUUCAUUGGAGACGUCGCGACUUCGUGCGUCAUCAUGGUACUGAUAUACCAUCCAUAAACGGUACUGCCAGACAGGUGAAUUUGUCUUACUCAUACUCGUGA